UUAGAUUUCUUUAUCAUCAUAAUUAUUGAUGGAUCCUUCGUCUGAGCCGCACGAUGAAGUUCCCAAUAAAAUCCCCGUUUGGCUUUCCGUGCUGCGGUUGGCUCUGGCAAUUGCACUCCCCUUGAUGGCGCUCUUCUCGAUUCCGUUUCUGGUAGGGUUGUUGUUGGUGGUUUUCGACGAUUUCUCAAUCCCUAGCCCCAUUUCUCUCCCAUCACAGUGCAAAAUUGUCUCCAGAGGUGUUGAUCUUAGGUCAUCCAAGAUUUGCGAACUUGGAUUGUUAAAUUAUAAAGCAAAAGAUGUAUUUCAUCAUUUUGAAAGGAGCAAAUAUCGCUGUAGAUUUGAUUACUAUUGGGCUUCAGUAUUCCAGGUGGAGUAUAAAGAUCACUUUUCAGGUCAGAUACAAGUUGCAUUUGCAGAGGCUCCAAAUGAGGCCCUUCCUCUUUAUUGCAGGCCUAAUUUUGGUGCUGCAUGGUUGGCACAAUACAAAUUUAAGGUCAACGAAACUUAUGAUUGUUGGUACACAUCUGGUGUAUCUAAAGUGCGUUUUGAUCAAGAUAACCUUUUCAGUUGCCAGGCAGAUGGGCAGUCUGCUCUUGAGAAGAUUAAACUAUAUUCUAAUAUGGCCACGGAGAUGGUGCGCUCGUGGUUUUCCGGUAGGAUAAGGAACAAGUAUUGGAAAUGGGAAACCAUAGCCGGUCUUGUGGCUGGGUUCUCAACUUCGUUGAUCUCUAUAACCUUUUUUAGGUUCCUACAACUACUACUAUCUAAAACAUAUCGAUGUUGUACAUCAUGGAUAUUGUCUCGACGAGUCAAUGCUGUUUUCAUCAAGCGGGCAUGUUUUCUUUUGGCAUACUUAUCCUUUGUAGCUUGGUUAGCUGUUGAAUAUGGGAAGAGGCUUGGUCUAAUGGAUAUUUUCAGCAUCCAUAGAUCAUAGCACUUAAUUUUGACAAGUGCGAUGCCUUUUAAUUGUAACAUUAUAAUUGUAGAAGGUGACAUUCUUGUCCCAUGAAAAGUAAGCGGCUGCUUCAUAUAGUUAUGUAUAGUAUGAGUGAAAAUUAAAGAUGUAAUAGUUUGAUUUGAAUGAAAGGUCUUGUUCCGCCAUAGUAUUCGGAAAUAACAAAUCUAAGUUCGUGGUUGAAUUAGAUUACACUCUUGUUCACUCAAGUUUAUGGCUUGAAUUGAUAAAAGUUGUUAGGAAUCAUUUUUGUAUGAAAACUGAAUGGACUACCAUAUUUUAAGAAAUGAAUCUUCUCAAUUUAAUUUAUGCGACAAAA